AUGGGCCAUUCGUAUGACUUUAAGAUAGCGCUCAACCACCCCAACAGGCAAUUUCGCCCAGGUGAGGCUGUGACGGGAAAUGUUGUCUUGAAAGUUGAAAAGUCAAUGACAGUCAAGGAGAUCUAUGUGGAGCUCAGCGGCGAGCUAGAAUCUUGCAAUUAUAAGUACAUGCACCAGUACAAUUACGCUACCAAAAGACAUGAAUCACGCCGAAUCUCAAAUACCAUCAAGUACGACUUGUUCAGGUAUGGAGUGAAGGUAUUCCCACCACCCAAUAUCCAGCAGUUUGGCCUGGCUGGCGACUAUACUUUAGCUGAGGGAUCGUACACCUACCCGUUUGAACUUGAAUUCCCAGAAGGACCGGUUGAAGCGAGAACGUAUUCACAGUUCGAAGUGGGGAACAGCUAUAUGAGCACCCCGCUCAUGUUUAUACCGCCUCAAUUGGCCCUGGGAAGUUCUGGUCUGACGUUGAUGUCACUCCCACCGUCCUUCAGCAUGUACACUGACGAUGAUAAUCAUGCCUAUGUAAACUACGUUGUGGAAGCCACCGUUGACAGAAAAGGUUUCCUCAAAUCGGACUUCGGCUGCCGAAAAGCCCUCAAUUUCGCCCCACAUCUUGAACAGGUGAUGUUUUCCUUAGGACCCUUGAUGGAUCGCAACUCGUUCAUGAAUAACUUUGGUAUGGGUAACUCUACGCUUAGAAUCGAGAUAUCCAAGAAUAAAAGACGUGAGGGAAAGAGUUUCUUCAAGAAAGUGUUCUCUUCUCGACACCUAAAGGUACCUUUUGAAUUAGUGGUGGAGUUCAAGCGAAGCAAUGCGGUACAGUACCCACGCGGGCAGACUUGUAGAGUGUUACACCAAAAUGACAAUUUAGCUGAUGUCGUGAAUGUGAGGCUUUAUACGCCAUUUUCCAAGGACGCUCUCCAACAAAUCUUGAUUGGUGAGGUGACCAAAAAAGGCGAGUCUGCCAAUAGUCUAUGCAGAGUUGUGAUCAAAGAGCUCGCAGUAUCUUUAGCCCAAGACAUUCGUUAUCAGGGUGUCGAGGAGCAACGCUGUAGAAGGGACGUUAGGGUUGGUAGUAAAAGCUACAAACACGAGUUCGACUUUUCGGAUUUUGAACAGGUGGAAUACUGGGGGGCAUCCCUUUAUCAAAACGUGAAGCAGGAGCAUGCUAGCUUUGCAGAGUCAGGUAAAGCCUACAUGCUUGAGAUUCCUCCUGAGAUGCUCUCAAUGCCCUUGAAUUCUGUUGUUCAGUCCUUCACUGCCCCUAACAUUCUGUGCGAUGUCUACCUCAAGCUCAGCAUGGUGUUAGCCACCACAGAGGAAACGCAGAAUAGAACUAGAAUAUUCUUGGAUACACCUAUUGCUUUCCUUCCCCUGAGAAACGCAAAUUACACUUCCAUGACCGUUGAACCACCCGCAGGACCUCCCCCCAACACCUCCUCAGUACCUCCAUCUCAGCCGGCAGGUUUGGCCCCUGCUUAUGAUAAAGAUUUAUGUAGUGACACCCUCCCAUCUUACACUGAUGUAAAACAAGCGGGCUAG